GGCGAUGGGGGCCGCCGGUGACUGGGGCGCCCAGGGGCCCCCCAGCUGCCUGGAGCAGAAGCAGGACCCUGGUGGCUGGUGUCUGCCUGGGCGAGAGCUGAGGACACAGGACUGGCUCCAUCAGAGAGGCCCCGUGGCACUGGAAGCCGACCCAAGCACGGAUCAGCGGAGGGCAGUUAUGGGGACGGAGCUCAACGUCUGUGUAGCUGUACGAUGUCAUCUCAUGCAGGGCACCAGAUACAUAGGUUAAGUGGGCCGAGCCGUGGUGUCGGAAUCGCAGUGGACACCGGCCAGGCCUCCCCAGCCGGGAGCCUAGUCCCUGGCGGCUGGACAUCUGAUAAGGCGCGGUCCAGGGCGCCCCUGUGCCGCUCGCUGGUUCUCAGGUCUUGACGGUGCCCCGAGGCUCCUCUCAAGUUCCCUCGCAUUGCAUCCCUCCUGAGGGUGUUGCCUAAGCGUGGCCUGAAUUCGUGCUUUUUACCACUGAGCUAAGUAAGGAACCGUCAGAGCCGAGGGCUGGUGAGGUGGUUGAUGAGUGCCCGACGUGCAGAGCAGUGGGCGGCUGCGCACGCCCAGGACUGGCUCCGCGAGGCCCGGCGUGCGGGCGCCCAGGCGCGGGGAGCUGCGGGCCAGGGAUGAGCGGCCGCGUGCCGCUGGCGGAGAAAGCUCUGUCGGAGAGCUACGCCCGGCUCCGGUACCGGGACGCCUCCCUGCUCAUCUGGCGGCAGCAGCAGCGGCAGCUGGAGUCGGCGCCCCGUGGCACCUACCUGAGCCGGAGCCGCAGCAUGUGGUACUCGCAGUACGGAAACGAGGCCAUCCUGGUCCGGGACAGACACAAGCUCGGAGUGUCCCGGGAUACGGGCCAGUCCAAGUUCUGUGCAAUCAUGUAAUUCCCGGUGGAACACCCGGGCCCAGGCGCUGAGCUGUGCAGAGAUCAGGCCACGCUUCCCUCCCUGAGUGGCCUUGGCGGUUUCCAGGCCUUACUGGGAGAUUCUGGAGAGUGAACGUGAAGCCCCAGCUGUGCUUCAAGAGCCCAAGAAUGCUCGCCGGGGCUCCCAAGCCGUCUCCACGCAUCACGCGGCCGGCGGACCCGGCUCCGGGCUCGCUUCCAGCCCUGCCAGCGCGCCGGAGACGCGGCUUUUCUCUUAGGUUUCCAAGCAGACCCAGCAAGAGGGACAUCCUGGCUUCACACAACCUUUUCAAAACUUUCCAGGUCAUUUCCAGUAUUCCCUUCUGCCUGGUAAAGAACGGGACAGAUCUAGAAGAAGGUGAAGGAGUUCGCGUCAGGCCCGGCCGAGCAUCGCGUGCGGGGCCAGGCGGGGUCAGCGGCCAGCAGCAGCCCCGCGGUGGGGCCUUCGGCGACAAGGAACGGGUGUCCCGUGCAGUGCGCGGCGGCAGCUUCUACGCCAACUUCCACGUACUCGAGGGCGAGCAUGCCAGGGCAUCCACAAACAUUCCAGAAACCAAGAGUUAUCCUUAAGUUCCGCGUCCGCUGCUUACGGAGAUUUCGGACAGAAUCUCAGGGCUGCAAAGGGCAGGCUGGGCCUCUGCGGGGAGGCGGCAGCCCGUCAGCCCUGUGGCGCCCCCCUGAGGGCAGUUCUUGCGAGGCAUUUGCAAAGGAUGUGCGGUCCGCUGUAACUGGUCUGCGUGGCUUUGCAAAUGUCGGAGUAUCUUUUGUCAGAGCUGAUUUUUCUAAAUAAAUAUGCUUUGGGACACUC